CUGAAUUGUAAAUGAAACAGUGCUAGUGAGCAGACGUGCAGGGUGACUGUUUGAACUCCUGUGUUUAUGUAGCAUUGAAUCUGAGAAAGCAGGAAAUCGUGCAGCAACACAGCAUUUGUUAAAUGUCCAGGAAUUUGCUCAACCGAGUCUUGUGACACAUUCAUUAAGAGUAAGUAAGCUUUGGGGAUCCGCCUUCCAUCAUUAAUCUUUUUGUCUCGCUUUCCACUACCACGGUUAUAGUUCCAGCAGAAACACACCUCCUGUUGCUAUAUUUAACUUGCCAGCCCUGUGUGAAGCGUUAAUUGUGGCUGUCACUGCUCCGUGGCGAGGACUGUCAGCAAGCAUGUUGCCAGAAGGUUGUGUUGAAUCAUUAGAGGGAAUUCUUAGCUUUCCGGAUUUGAAUCUGAAUGGAAGAUGCUUCUGUUAGAUCAGGACUUGCUGUGACAAGGGCUCCCCAGGGAGAGAAGAACAGCAGAAGGGCUUUUGAUGAGAAGGCUUAUCUGUCCUCAAAGCUGCUGAAGGCUGGAGAAGACCCCUACCGCCAGCAUGCUUUUAAUCAGCUAGAGAGUGACAAACUCAGCAGCGACCGGCCCAUACGGGACACCAGGCACUACAGGUGCACCUCUGUACGCUACGAUACAGACCUACCAGCUACCAGUCUCAUCAUCACCUUCCACAAUGAGGCCCGCUCUGCACUGCUCCGCACAGUGAGGAGCGUCCUGAACCGCACCCCUCCCAACCUCAUCCAGGAAAUUAUUUUGGUAGAUGACUUCAGCUCAGAUCCUGAGGACUGCCAGCUUCUUACCAAGAUCCCUAAGGUCAAGUGUCUACGAAACAUCCGUCGAGAAGGGCUGAUUCGUUCUCGGGUGCGAGGAGCUGAAGUGGCCACUGCUGACAUCCUCACCUUCUUAGACAGUCACUGUGAAGUCAACAGUGAGUGGCUACAGCCCAUGCUUCAGAGAGUGAAAGAGGAUUAUACCCGAGUGGUGAGUCCAAUCAUUGAUGUUAUCAGCCUGGAUAACUUUGCCUACCUGGCAGCAUCAGCAGAUCUGAGGGGAGGAUUUGACUGGAGCCUUCACUUUAAAUGGGAGCAGAUUCCUAUAGAGCAGAAGAUGUCCAGAACAGACCCAACUCAGUCUAUAAGAACCCCUGUCAUAGCAGGAGGCAUCUUUGUGAUUAACAAAUCCUGGUUUAACCACCUGGGAAAAUAUGAUACUCAAAUGGACAUCUGGGGAGGAGAAAAUUUUGAGCUCUCUUUCCGAGUGUGGAUGUGUGGUGGCAGCUUGGAGAUCGUUCCCUGCAGUCGAGUGGGACAUGUGUUCAGGAAGCGCCACCCCUAUGACUUCCCUGAAGGCAAUGCAUUAACUUACAUCAAGAACACUAAGCGCACAGCGGAGGUGUGGAUGGAUGAGUACAAGCAGUAUUACUAUGAAGCCCGGCCAUCAGCUAUUGGCAAGUCAUAUGGAAGUAUUGCAGAUCGAGUGGAGCAGCGCCGCAAACUGAACUGUAAAUCCUUCCAGUGGUAUCUGGAGAAAGUCUACCCUGAGCUGAAGGUUCCUGAAAAAGACUUGAUUCCAGGGAUAAUUAGACAAGGAGGAAAUUGUCUGGAGUCUUGGGCACAGGAUACCUCAGGGAAUACAUUGGUUGGCAUCGGAAACUGUAAAGGGACAGUGAACAAUCCACCCGUCACUCAGGAGUGGGUAUUCAGUGACCCUGUAAUUAGACAGCAGGACAAGUGUCUUUCCAUUACCUCCUUUUCUACCGGCUCUCAAAUCACACUGGAAGCCUGCAAUCAAAAAGAUGGCAGACAGAAGUGGAAGAUGAAAGGCAGUUUCAUUCAGCACUUUGUCAGCGGUCUUUGCCUGGAAAACCAGACUGGGAGAGUGGUGACCAACCCUUGCCAAGCAGAUGUACCCGGCCAACAGUGGGAGCUGCUGCAAGCAACGUGAUGGUAGCACAGAGAUCUCCUUGUUUCUUUGUGCAUGAGACUUUGGGAACAAAGAGGAAUGGUUUUGUUUUUCUGACACUAAAUGUUUUCAUUGUGCCCAUCAGCAAGCCACCAUUUCAGCUGAGCACUUGGUGUUUUUGAGCUUUCAGAGAAGAAGCUGUGGGUGAGAGAAGAAUGAGGAGUUGUUGAAAUCAGCCAUCUCUUGUUUUAAGUUCUCCUUUGCAGCUGAUGUCCAUGCACAACAGCACCCAGAGAGAGGAGAGCACCUAGCCUCUAAUAUUUGAAGUGACCAGAACUGCCUUGCAGCUCUCCCUCUUUCCAGUCCUUUCUCUGUGUUCAGAGUCCACAACCCUCAGUCCAACAGCUUGAACAAUGCUUGUACAAACAUUGUACACAACAUCUUUGUGUUCCCUGGUAUUUCACUUUAACAUCAUGCAUUGUUCAUGCUGAUGUACUGCAGUGAGGACUGGCCAAAAGAGGAGCCAUUGUGAUGAGCAGAGAUGCAGGGGAGGAACUAUCAGGCCCUGAGGGAGGUUUGUAACACCUCUGUGGGAGGCCUGGCCUGCACCUUCCUCUACCAUCAGCGGUCAAAUGGGCUGAGCGUGGGAAAUGGGGCACAAGGCUGACUGGCCAGCUGGAAAAGGGCCAGCCUGUUUUAGAAGCAUAACCAGGGAUUCUGGAGGGGUCUGUUCCCUGCUGAAUUCCUGCUUCCAGUUUUCUAUGGGCAGCAGAUCAGUCCUGCCUCUUUGAGCCCAGCAGGACCUGGGUUUGGGGCACCAUGCUCCUGGGGAGCUGCCCCUUGAUGGUCAGUGUGUGCUGGUGCUCUGGGAUAUGAGGUAAGUCAGGGCUGUUCUCUGACUGCUUUUUCUGCCCACAGUACCUCUGUCCCUGCACAAAUACUGCCAUAGUAUAGAUCUGCCCUGUGAGAUGUCUUUGCUGUGUGCUGAAAAUACUGAUGGCAGUGGUGUCUCUAGCUCAUGUCCCAGCCCUGUUCCCAGUUACCACUCAGCUGGGAUGCCUAUCAAUGCAAAGAAAGGAAUACAAACAAAUAAAUCUCCACAACGUUGCUUUGGAGCUCAGUUUUAUAAGCCAAUACCCCCCUACCCCCAUCCUCCAAGGGCCGUACAGGGGCCAUCUUGAGAAUACGUUUGUCUGUCUGUGUCCUUUCUAGUCAGGUAUAGAAGAAGAAGAAGAGGAGGAUCAUUUGGGUUCUGAACAAGAGCUGUUUUUGAUCAUGUUUGUAUCCUUUUCUAAUUCUUUCCUGUGGUUUGGUAUUACCCCAGAUGACAAAAGAACAGAUACUGUUCUUCAUACAUGUUUGCAUGUGCUCAGAAAUGCUUGUGUGAGAACUAGAGGAUUUUGUUGUUUGUUUUUUCUCUUCUCAGUUCUUUUAUUUAAAAAGUGAAGUCAGUCAGGUGCCAGGAGCAUUUUUUUCCGCUUCCACUUCGACAUCAGCUCACCAUCUUUGCACCAGUUAGCUGGCUGAAGGACCUGCCUGCAUGGGCAGUGCUCAGGAGACAUUUCCCUUUAGCCCCUAGCUUGAGGCAUGCUGCAGCUGCACACCUGUGUGGGAGAAGUACUGGCUGCAGAGACCUCUCUUUCCCUGUAGAGAUGCUUUUGGGCCCAAACCACUGAGGCCAGAACUUUAGGAAGCUGGAAAGAGCAAAUAAGAAAAGAAAAUAGGUUAGGAAAGGAAAUAGGAAAGGCAGACAGACCCAUUAGGGGGAGAGAAGCUAUCCUACUAACAACUGCAUUUUUAAACAAGAACUGUGCUGCUUCCAGAAAAUAUCAUUAGGCAGUAGGAGACACAAAUGGUCAAGUUCUCAGACACAUGGCUUGAAAAAAAAUUGAUGCAAAGACAGAUGAAAAGCUAUUGGACAGGUAUUGUAUGUAAGCUCUGUGUACAAUGAAGUGCUAAGUGAUUAGUUAUUUUCAUCAAAAUGUAUCCUCAGUGAACAGUUUGAGCUUCCUGUCUCACUCUCUGGUAGCUUAUGGGUUGCAGCUGACAGUAUGUUCACUUAUCCACCAGGUACUGCUUCCUCCCUGCUUUGUCCCACUAUAUGUGUGCAGCUUUCUUGCAGUUCCUUCUUCAUAACCAGACUGGGACCAGGACCCAGAUCCUCAGCAAAUGAUUCUACCACUGCAGACCGCAAGAACUCUGCUUAUGUACAGCCUGCAAGCUCUGUGCCAGCCCUGAUUCGAAGGGCUCCAGUUAGAUCGAGACAAAGGCAUGCUGGCCGCUGCCCUGACUUUGUGCUUGGCUCCAGUGCCCAUCCAGGUUCCUGAUAGCUCCCAGGGCAGCAGUUCCUGGGCUGGCUGUGUGGUUUGCACGUCUCACCGCUGCUCACUGACUGGCUGAGUGAGCUGGCAUCCGUGUGGGGCUGCGGGCUGAGCAGGAGAGGACUGGAUGCUUUUAUUCAAGUGCUCUAGCGUGGGGAAGAAAGGGGAAAGGCUGGGCUAGAUGCUAGGUACCAGUAGCUCUAAUUGUCCGUGGACUUUGGGGUUCCCGGAGCCUGGACAUGUUGUCUGAAGGUCACCCCUCCACUGCUGUACUCUGCUGCCAGCCAAGGCACAGCUCAAGGGGCCUUCCUGUAGGCCCUCUCCCUCUCCAGCAGUCACCUUCUCCAAGUCAACAGACUUUAGGAGUUGCUGAGACAUAGACACAUUACAAAGGCUGCUUCUAAAGGUGACUAAGUAAACUUUUUCUCAUAAUAAUAAACAAAGGCCAUCCAAACUCAUAGCUGGCAUGCUUUCCACUUCUCUAGGAGGUAAGGGAAGGAGGAGGAAUGUCAUUCUGCUCUUCCCCCAAAGUCCAGCAGUUUGGAAUGACUCCGGUAGGGUUUUGGAAAGAAAACCAACAGAGCCCUCAGCUUCAGCCUGGUGGUUUGUAUCUCAGACACUCAGAUCAGCAGCUGCUUGCCCUUGUUUUUCUGCUUCUUUUAAAUGGGACCAAGAUUGUGAAGGCAAAAGUUUGCACUGAUGAUAGAAAGAUGAAGAAAACUGGUAGUGUUUCAGAUCACUCAGCAUGACUUCAUGUGCUACCAACCAGUGGUUAAUUUAAGAGGAGCUGAAGCUGCUGUUGUACAGAAAUCAAUUCAGAAGGUUUAUUUUCCCCCACUCAGUUUUAAGUUGCACUUUGCCAGAUGUAAUUUAUGUGGAACCCAGAUUUGUUUUCCUUUUUCUUGAAGAAAGCAUGUUCCAGAACCUGUCUAAUGCCUGGAAUAAAGCCCACUUUGAGACAA